AUUCACAACUCAUACUAAUAAAUGAGAACACGUUAGUUACUAAUUCGUGGCAAUGAUCUGCGCUCUCAUGCAUUACCUUCAAAUAGUGAAUACCGAAAACAACAAACAGUGGUGGCAUAGUGACAAUUUCUGUGACAGUCAUUCUCCUCGUUUCGAGCACCAGCAAAGAUAACCCAGGCCCUGAAAUCGAUUGCAUCGAUUAAGAGACUUACAAGCAAAUAUACCAUCGACCAUUUGAGUUCUGCACACUCUAAGAGAUCAACGCCUUGGAGUUGAAGAAAGUGAGAAGAUUUGAAAGAAACAAUGACGACCGUGCAAGCUCCGUGCGAUCUCGCCCUGCCGGCAGCCGUGCCCAGUCAGGAGGAGAACUUGGACAUACUGGCGCUGACCAUGGCAGCGCUGCGCUUCGUCAACCCUUGGACCGCUAACAACAAAACCAGUCAGUGGUCGGAGCCCAUAGAGCCGGGCUCGCCAGAAGCCAAAGACCGCACCAUAACCCUCGCGGAAGUCAGCUACCAUGACACGCCUCAAGACUGCUGGGUCGUGAUCUACGACCGCGUCUACGAUAUCACUACUUUCCUCGAAGAGCACCCUGGUGGAGCGGAUGUUAUGUUGGAGUACGCGGGCCAAGACGCCAGUACCGCGUUCAGGAGUUCAGGACAUUCGCGCAACACAUCCCGCACCUUGGACCGCUUCCUCGUGGGGGAGCUGCCCAUGCACGAGAGGAUGUACCGCCGCCCGGGAGGCAUGCGCCUCAGUGAUAUACCUGAUUAGUAGCCUACAACUACUAAAUAUUAGGGUUAUAUCAAACAUGGGAUAUUUCAAAGUUCUUAAUUUUUUUUUUUUGUAUUCAGUCCAAGGAAAUAUCACGCCAUUUAUAAUGUGUAACAAUUAAAAUUUUAGGUCUUAUCAAACAAGUAGCAACUAGAUUAUUAACCUUUCUGUGUAAUGUCAUAUGCUUUGAUAAUAGUUUCUGUACAAAUUCGUAUAAGUUUAAACAAUUAUAUCAAUUAGCAAUGUACACUAAAGCUUCUACAGGUGUAAAGUAUGUAGCUUGAGUAUUGUGUGUGAGUUUCGCCUGCAUUUAUUUUUACAUUGUUUUUAUUUAAUGUAUACAUUUAUCUUAUUCAGUAUUAAUUAGUUAUUCUUGUAGAUUAUUAGUUCAGUAUUAAUUUAAUUCACAAAACAAUUAAUAUUAUUUUUGUGAGUAAAAUUAAUAGGGUUUAGAUUGUUAAUACUUUCUCAUACUGUGAAGAGUUACAAAGUUCCUAUCGUUUCCAGUUUUAUAAUAAAUUAUGAUGAUAAUUUA